GGAAAUAAGAACAGAAGCAAUUGCCAGACCUCUGGAGAUAAAUGAGACUGAAAAGGUGAUGAGAGUUGCCAUCAAAGACAUUUUGGUAAGGAUGGUGGUCUUUUUUAAAAAAAUGUUUUAUUCUGCGGCUUUAUUAUGAAUCGGUUAUCUUGUUCAAUACUAUCUUACUCUGUUUUCAAGUUCUUUUUUUUUAUUCCUGAAACUUCUUUAGAUUCUGUGUUCCACAGAUCAGAACCUAUGGCAGAUAUGUGUCUUGGAGGGUGUUUUGGAGCAGGGAAGGAGUGCAUCAGCCUUUCCAUACCUGCUUCUUCCAGUUCAUCCUUCCUUCCCACAGUUUCCCCUUUAAAAUGUUUUUAAAUCUGCUAGAGUCUGUUACAUGCAUUUGUAUGUAAUGUGUGGUUAGGUAAAGGUAAAGGGACCCCUGACCAUUAGGUCCAGUCAUGGACGACUCUGGGAUUGCAGCGCUCAUCUCGCUUUACUGGUUGAGGGAGCUGGCGUACAGCAUCUGGGUCAUGUGGCCAGCAUGAAUAAGCCGCUUCUGGCGAACCAGAGCAGCACACGGAAACACCGUUUACCUUCCCACCGGAGUGGUACCUAUUUAUCUACUUGCACUUUGACUGCUAGGUUGGCAGGAGCAGGGACUGAGCAACGGGAGCUUACCCCGUCGCGGGGAUUCGAACCGCCGACCUUCUGAUCGGCAAGCCCUAGGCUCUGUGGUUUAACCCACAGUGCCACCCACAUCCCACCUGUGGUUAGCCCCCAGUAAUCUUUGCAACAUCCCUGUGAAAAUAGGCUAGCAUAUUCUUCUACCUAUAUUUUACAGGUGUUGACCUUUGGCUGAAUGACAGUAGCUUGCCUAAAGCCACCUAGUGGACUAUACAUGUAUAACUAGGAAUAGAGGCCCUGUUUCAUGACUAUAACUUGAAAUAUAUUGUAAUUAAAAUUUGAUAUGUACGUCAGAAGAGCUCUGCUGGAUCAGGCCAGUGACCCACCUAGUGUAGCAUCCAGUUCUCACAGUGGUCCACUAGGUGCCUGUGGGAAACCUGCAAACUGGACCUGAUCAGAACAGCACUGCUCUCUCUCUCUCUCUGUUCUUCCACCCCACACCCACCCCGCCAUAAAGCACAGUUUCAAGAAACCACUCUGGCCCCAUUUUUCAGAGUUCCCUGGGAAGAGGGAUUGGCUGUUAAACCACUCUGGUUUAAUUAUAGCUCUGUGCAGACCGUGGGGUCUCCAAACAACUCUCAGCACUCUUAACAACUACAGUCCUCAGGAUUCUUUAGGGGACGUCGUAACUGCUUGAGUGGUAUGAUACUGCUUCAAAUGCGUAGUGCAGAUGGGGCCCUGCUUUCAUAGCUGCCUAAACUAGUGAGUCCAAUCAAUAGUAGCCAUCUGCUAGAGCAAUCCCAAUUGGUGCUUAAAUGUCAAAAUAGUCCUUCUUUGCCAAUUAAUAAUUCUGAAAGAGCAAGGUUUUCAAGGUCAUCAGUACUUUGAUUCUGUGCAGCACAUUUUUGUAUUUCCUUUCUCCCCUUCCCUCCCUGUUUUCUUGAUUUCCUUUCAUCCUUUUGAUUACAUUUGGGUUUGUGUGGGAGAGAAAUGGCUAUAAGUGAGGCUUUUUAACAAGGCCCAAGCGGUCUGCAUGUUCCCUUGCACGCAGCACUUCUGAAUGAAGAGUUAUCCUAAGCAGCUAUAAACAUUGGCAGAGGAUUAAAACCUGCAAACAGUUGUUCCUUCGCUUUUGUAUUUGCAGACAGCACUCCCCUGAUCUUUCCUAUUUUCCUUCUGAGGUAUCCACCAGGGAGCUCUUGCUUCUUUGUAUGUUUGGCAGAAAGCACAUUAUUAAUCUGAUAACAGGGUUGCACUUGGACAAUGAUGUCAAUUUAAUGUAAAAGUAAUUAUAAAAUUUCCUUAAGCGUUUUUGUUGAUAGUACUGGGGUACAACUAUGCAGCGGUGAGAUCAGGUUCCCUACAGCUCGUUGGUUAAACAAAAAUAAAGCUGAAUGGUUAGUACCCCUGUGUUUUAGCAGCUGCAUCAGUAUAAAGUAGCUGGUGCAUUGUUAAAAGGGGAGUUUUUCCCAUGUUGGGAUCAUUUAGGACCCAAGUAUCUUGGAUUUGUACCAUCAACAAUUUGCCUUUCUCACUUUAAUGGGGGUCUAAUUGAUCCCAGCGGCCUCCACCUCAGAUUAAAAAUGCACGCAGAGAAUCGGGAGUUUGAGACAGAACCAUCAAGCCUGUUUACGGUACAUAAAGCAUGAAUUAGUACAGAUAACAGAAAGAACUUGGGUCUGGGUAUUCUCUUUGAUUAUAAAAGUCCUGGCUGCACAGCAGGUUUCCGAAUCAUGGUGUUACUAGUUGGCCAGCUUUUAGGGAUGGAGCAGGGGUGAGGAACCUCCCAGAUGUUGCUGGCCUCCAGUUCCCACUAUCCCCAGCCAGCAUAGCAAGUGUGCAGGAAUGAUGGGGUUGUCGUCCAAAAACAUCAGGAGGGCGACAAGUCCCCCCAUCCCUGGUGCAAAGACUCCAAACCAGGUGUCAGCCUGCACUUGGAAACAGGCAUCAAGAGAGUCACAAGCAGACAAGGACCCGGUACAAAACAGGUGCAUGAUUGGAUAGCCAGAUGAUUCUGGGAAGCUCACAAGGAAGGGAUGAAGGUUACAACCCUCCCUAUUAAUUGCCUCCAGCAUUUGGUAUUCAGAGGUAUACUGCCUCUGAACAUAUGAAGGUUCUGUUUUGCUAAUAUGCUUAGAACCAAAGAGCUGUGGAAUGUUUAUUUGUGUGCAGUUCUAAGCAAGCAGAAGUGGACUCUGCCUUCCUUCUAAAUGGGACUGGUCCUGCUCUGAAAUAUUCCACAUCCAAGUCUGGCAUGGUCCUUUGAAUCAUCCUGGCUAUCACUUCUAGAUUCUUAAGGCAUUUGUGCGCUAGCCCAAACUUUUCUCAAAAUUACUCAUCCUUAUCCUACUAAGUUCUUUUCCUGUUUGUGAGUUGUAACGUGCUCGCUCGCUCGCUCUCUCUCUCUCACACACACACACAACCCAAAAACAAAAACCCUCCAGCAUGACUUGGAAAAAGUCAGAAGAGCAUGGAAAUGACUGGCAGAAUCCGAGACCAGGGAGAAGAGUCGAUGGAAGAAGAUUGGAAGAAAUUUAAGACUAUUUACAGAAAUAUUGUAAAAUUAAUGAAUGUUAGAAUGAUGUUGGAUAGAAAUUAAAUGGUUUUUAGCUGAAAUAUUAUAAGGGAAUAUGAAAAAUGGAUUACUAACAGGUAAAAAUUUAAUGUUACAAUACUUUAAGAUUAAAGAUUAGGAUAAACAAAGAGGGGAAGGAUUUGCUGAACCAACAAACUGAACUGGAAUACAAAAAAGGGAGGCGUGAGGAGGUCCGGGAAACAAGCUAAUGAAAAAUAAGUAAUGGAAAGAUUGAGUUGUUUUUAACUAUUUUUAUUUUGUAUUUUUCUAUUUUUACUUUGUAAUAUUUUGAAAACCUUAAUAAAUAUCUUAUAAAAAAAAAAAGUCAGAAGAGCAGAUGCAUAAAAUUUCCCCUCCUCAUGACAAGAAAAAUGAGAACAAAUGCAGAAUAAACUAUGCAAACUGUUCCUGUUCUCAUUGUUUAUAUGCUCUUAUAUUGGUGCAGAACGUGUGCUGCUUUGGUGUAUAAUUUUUAUUUACAAUUGUUUUACAUUUUAAUCCCACCUAUCCUUCAAGCAUCUGCUUUGCAUGCAGAAGAUCCCAAGUAGGACUGGGAAGGUCCCCUGCCUCAAAACCCAGAGAGCCACUGCCAAUCAGUGUAGACAUUAUUGGGCCAGAAUGACCAAUAGUCUGACUCAGUAUAAGGUAGCUUCCUAGGUGAUAUGCAUGUUUUUCCACCCCCACCCCUACCUCACUUCUGUAUUUCAUGUUCACAACAAUUCUGUGAGGUAGGUGAAGAGAGGGAGAGUAGCUGUGCCUUACCCAGUGAGCUUAGUGGCUGAGUGGAGAUUUGAACAUGGAUCUCCCUGGUCCUAGUCCAGUGGUUCUUUAGCACAGACAGCCAGACAGCAUCAGAAAAUGUGACCAGAACAGAGCUAGGAACUAAAAAUGUCAUCUGGUGAUUCUGCCAGCAACUGUCACUCAUCUUUGCAGUAUCUCUUUUAGGAGCAGGUCCAGAAAACCAAAGACAUGCUAAGCAACGUGGCAUCAGAUGAAACCAGUUUGGAGGCCAAGAUUGAAAAGAGGAAAUUGGAGCUGGAAAGAAACCGCAAGCGGUUACAGACCCUUCAGAGCGUUCGGUAACUACUGGCGUACUGUUUGUCCCAUGAGAAAUGAAUAUGCAGAGUGUUAAUGUGCAUGUUUAAUGCCUAGUGCAGUGGAGAGUGAAGAGCCUGCAAUGAGCCUAAGAAACUCUCUUGUCCAAGAAGUGCUAUAAGUAUUGAGGCCCCAAACACACAAGCAGAGGCUCUUACUUGUAAGUAAGAAACAGAUAUUUAUUCAGGCAAGCAGUGGAACAGGGUCAGCAGCAGACACAGGGUGCAAGAGGCACGAUUCAGGAGCAGCACAAGAAGUUCAAAAGCGACAAAGAUGUCUCGACGAGUUUCCAUGUCCUUCCCACAAAGUUUUUAAAGAAGAGGCGUGGUGCACUCACUCUCAAGAUUCUCUUGCCUUGUUGAAAUGUUGGCAUUGCAAACGCACAGUCCGUCAGAGUAGGUGGGUUCUGCUCCCAUGUGGUUCUAGGCAACAAGACUGCGCCCUGCUGUUCAGGCUCUUGUUCAGUCACUGCUGCCUCCUCUUUUGCUUCCUUCCCUUGGCUGAUCAGAGCUUUUUCCGUCUUCCACUGAGGCUCUUCUCUAAGGGAAGGUCAGUGGGGAAAGCCAGCAUCCCUGCUCCCGUAUCCAAAGUGGCUGAUGUUCGGGCAGAAAGAUGAGAUCUACUCCAGCCCAGUUGCUCCCCAUUCAGUCCUCUCCCCUGUUUCCUCCUGCCUCUCCUGCAUUAGAGCCUGCCAAUCCAAGGGCAUUCCCGACAGCACUCUCGGCAUACUUGCUACCUGCUAAUGUACACUCUCUAAUUGCAAUUACAUAAUUAUCCAUUUUCCAAUCAUUUGACCUUUUGAAAACGGCUCAACAUUUUCCUACUCUGAGCAUCACUUGAUAAUUGAAUUUUUAAAAAUGAUUUGUUUUAAAAAUGCACAAAAACAAAGUUGUUAAAAUGAGAUUGAAUCUGUGACAUUUGACUCUUUGUUUUUAAAAGAAAUGGGUUCAUAUUGGAGAGGUCAGUCUGUAGUGACCAUAUAGCUGAUUUUAGUUUUUUUUUAAUUGUGAUCCUGCAUGGUAUAUCCCAGAUGCAUAUAUAAGAGUGAAAAAUCAUAAAGAAUGGAGGAAAGUGGUUUUGUUUUGUUUUUUGCUUGUUGCCUUUUUUCUGGGACUUCUGGGACAAAAACAUUUGGGUGUUUUUGUGUUUUUGACUGUGACAAAUGCAGCUGCAGACUCAUGGGCUAGAUAUUUAAAUCACAAAAUGAAAGCUGGUUUCUAAUGUGUUGUAGUCAAGGAUCUGUGGGACUUUAUGCAGGCCAAUAAGGCUUUCCUAUCAGGCUUCUUUGCCUGUGGAUCAUUAAAAGACAAGUGAGCCAGUUUCUCCUUUAAAAGUUUUAUGCAUGUUAGGAUACCUUGAAGAUUGCCUCCUCUCAUACCAUCCUGCCUACUUCCUAAGAACAGAAGAAUCUACAGAAGGAAGGGUGAUACUGUUCGAAUUCUGCCAGAUUAUCAUUCUGGCUGCAGUUAACAAAUAAGCUGUCAUUUCGAAAUCAUCUUCUGGUAUACUGCCCUUUAGAUAAGGAAAUAAUAUUACCUUUGGAUCUCUUGGGACAUCCUAACCUAGAAGUUUUUAUUUCUGAUAAUACUAGAUUCCAAGAUACCUGGAUUUUUUUAAUAUAACCACAUAAUGUGGAAUAUAUUUGCCUCAAGUGUUUUACAUAUCCAACAAUCACCUGUAGUCUCUGGGUAUAUUUUGUUCAAUCUCACUGGAGCCAAAAAUCAAUGAAUUUAUAUUUUAAAAAAAAUUAAAGUGAAGCAAGAAUUUUUUUCCCAAAUCCAUACUCAUUUAUCUUCUAGAAUUAUUAUCAACAUGCUUUGUUGCCAGUUAACUAGAUAUUUAUGUCCAGAUGGUUCAAAAUCAAUCAAAUCUUACUUAGGACUCCCUUGACAUAGUUUUCAGAUGUAAUUAGGACCUUAAAUUUUGUUGGCUCUCUUAAUGAACCAUGAAUCCAUAAUAAUGGAUUAACUGUAUUUCUAACUUGGAAGAUAUUGGAAAAAGAGUAGUUGAGCAUAUUCUAGAAUUGGUUUAACCUGAUAGAAUGUUUUAAAUGUUCCCAGAAAAUAUUUGGGAGCUGGGUGGGAGGUAAGGUCGUGCUUGAAAUCCCUCAGUUCAUCACACAGCUAAAAAAACAAAACUCACAGAUUCUCCCAUGUUCCUUUUUUCUUGUGUCCCCAUCAGCCCAGCUUUUAUGGAUGAAUAUGAGAAGAUUGAGGAGGAACUGCAGAAACAAUAUAGCUGUUACCUGGAAAAAUUCCGUAACCUUACAUAUCUGGAACAGCAACUGGAUGACCAGCACCGAAUGGAGCAGGAGAGAUUUGAGGUGAGGGUUCUCAAAUAUUGCAUGAACUCCUUUAGUCUUUAUUUCUACCCCACAUGCUUCUGUAUGCAUUUCUGCAGAUUUGUCUAUAUUUAUCCUCAAGUGUGCACCAACCCAGGUUCCAAUACAGGCUUACUUUCUUGUUUUCUGUCACUGUUUUGGGGGCUUGACCCAUUUGCUUAUGGUAGAAUCCGACUGCUGUUACCCAUCUGCUCAGAGUUGCUCUUUCUGAAAGGAGGUAUACAAAGACCAAGAAAAAUAAAACAUAAUUAUAAAUAAAUAAAUUAAAAAUGCUAGGUGAAGACGGAUGUAAUUUUAAAAAGUUAAGUGGGUUGUUCAGUCAUGCGCUGAGCACAGUUUCCUCCUGCCUGUGUAAUUUGCAUGAAAGGUAUACAUGGCAGUGCCUUGAAUACUAGUUGAGUCAUCUUACUUCCUUGCUUCAGAUGGUCUGCCCAGUAUGGUCUGCCACAUGUAUUUUGAUUGACUUGUCUGUCAUUUAUUUAUUUUAUUUUAAUAAUAACUUCAAACAUUUGUUUUAAAAUUUCAGAAAUGCUCAGGGGACACAAGUGUGUGUGUGUGGUUAUAAUGGGUUAAUGACUUUGUAUGGAUGAGCCAAUAGGCACUGUUCACAGGUAGCUCUUCCCCAUUCAGGGUCUGCAACAUUGAAAACCUGCCCAUUGACAGGUGGUGUUGUUUUUAAGAAGUGUGUCAUAACAGAAGAAGCACCAUGGACUUCAAAAAUCCUCGCCCUGUCUCACCCCGCUUUCUGAACCACUGCAGAUUUAUGAUUUAGUGCUGUACACAAUGGGAGAUCAAGGCACAGUUCUAAAAGGGCUGUUUCUCUCUUCCUUUCCUCUUCUUCCUGACUGUCCUUUCAUUACGUUUGCCAGGACACUUUGGUGUCAGAUUAGCCCUGCCCCUUUGGAAUAUGUGCCGCUUGCUGGGAGUCAAAGAAAAAUAGGACUUGAAAUCAUAAAUAAUUGAAUUCCAAUCUUUGCAACACCCACUCAUCUAAAUAAUCAAAUGGCUCAUUGAUCUUUGUAUACUGACUUGCCUUUGUUCCAGUAAAUAUGUCUUUUGCAAUUAUUGUGCAGAGGAAAUGGUAUGCUUUGUGCCCCCUUUUUCAGAAUUUCACUCAACAACAUGCUAAGACAAUGGCGAUGACUAUGUGGUUAGGUUAAUCUGCUUCCCUGGGUUCUUUGAGUAUUGAGGAAUGAGCUGGUGGACAAAUGAAUAUUUAUCAAGUGAAACUGUGUUCCAGCCUAAAGAGCAUCAUUGAGUAAUUGGCCUGUAAUCUCUGGAACACUUGGCAGAUGCAGUGGCUUGUGUUCUCUGCUGUUGUUUCACAACUAAUGACAUCGGGUAGGUUGCGUUUCAUAAUUGGAAAAGUGAUUUAAAGACUGAAGAAAGGUUUUCACAUUUUAAUUAGUGCAGCACUGUGGAUGCCAUGCUGCAGUCUCUUAAAACUCCCCCCUCUUCCCCACAUCCCCAAAAGACGGAAGGCCUACAGGUCUAUGUAAUAUAGCAGAUCUUUGUCCUCAAGAUUCCUGCUCUUAUACAAGCACUAGCAUAGUCCUUGGAGGGAAAUAUGCAUGUCUAACCACGUUGUUGUUGUUAAGAAAAACAAGAAUAAAAACAACCUAAAAUACAACAAAGGACGCGGCUGGCGCUGUGGUCUAAACCACUGAGCCUCUUAGGCUUGCUGAUCAGAAGGUUGGCGGUUCGAAUCCCCGCAACAGGGUGAGCUCCCGUUGCUCAGUCCCAGCUCCUGCCAAUCUAGCAGUUCGAAAGCACUCCAAAAAGUGCAAGUAGAUAAAUAGGUACUGCUCCUGCGGGAAGGUAAACGGCGUUUCUGUGCGCUGCUCUGGUUUCGGUGUUCCGUUGAGCCAGAAGCGGCUUAUUCAUGCUGGCCACAUGACCCGGAAAACUGUUUGCGGACAAACGCCGGCUCCCUCGGCCUGUAAAGCGAGAUGAGCGUCGCAACCCCAGUGUCGUCUGUGACUGGACUUAACUGUCAGGGGUCCUUUACCUUUUUACCUUUAAAAUACAACAAUAUGCAUAAAAGUGCAAACCCAACUCAGUGCCACUCCACUGAAAAUAUGCAGAGAAUUAAACUCCAAAAGCCUGGCUGAAUAAAAGCAGAUAGUGAAGGAGCCCAGCGUGCCUCUCUGGGGAAAGCAUUUCACAACUGGGGAGCCACUACUCAGACGUCCCAUUCUCUUUUCACUACCCUCCUCACACACAGAGAGAAGGGCAUCAGCUGAAGAGCACAGGGUAGUGCUGUGCUACCGUAUCCCUUGAGAGGAAGUGGCAACCUAGCUUGCCCAAUAGUAGUAAGCCUAUCUCUAAUAGCUAACUUGGGCCAUGGAGCCAAAAUGGAGGCAAUGAAAAUGAGGGUAGUAUCUGCAUGCUUGGGUGAAGCAAGAAGUAGGUAGAAGUACAAAAAGAAAAUAUAUCAUGAAAACUCAAAAAAGCAGUCUAAGGGAGACUGAGGAUGCCCGGUAGCUUCAGGAUGUUGAAUAUCAACUGUAAAAGAAAAUCGGAAUAAUAAGGAAUGCCCUGCCUUGGAGGGAGUAAGUGGCUGGAAACCUGAUUAGGAGCACUCCCUCUAGGAGAGGGAAUACACUGCGACACCCCCCCCCAGAUCCCACUCGGUUCUCUGAAUCUCCAUUUCUGGUGGUGAGGUGGGGGCAGGACACAGGGUUUGCAAGGGGGAGGCUCUGUGCCUUUCUGUGGGUUUCCCAUAAGCAUCUGGCUGGACACUUUUGGAAACAGGCUGCUGGGCCAGAAGACCUUUUGCUCUAGUCCAGCAGGACUCUUCUUAGGCUCCUGGGGACAACAGAGGCCCAGAAAUGCCAGUCAUCUCCCACAUUUCCCUGAAGGCCCCUGACCAUCUGCGAUGCACGCCGAGCGCUGCCAUUCUCCUUCAAGGAGGCAGCAGGAGCUGUAAUUUAAAUUUCCAUGUAGCGCAAUCAAUCCUGAAAUGAUUAACUCUCCUUUGUGACGCUUCUAUUGAGGAGAAUUCAUUACAAUUAAAUUCUUGUGUACAAAUUGUUCCUGCAGAAGCUUGGCUUGGGAAAGCUUGCGUGUGCUGCCUAUUGGUAUCUGAGUUACCAUUCAUUAUGCAAUCGUGACAUAUCUUAACUGCUGAGAAGAGUUUAAAUCCCAGCUCGUCAUUAUGGUCUGCUAGUGAAGCAUUCUGAUAUCAAAGCAGCAGCUGGCAUGCGGUCAAGUUAACAGAGACAGAGGAGGGGAAACAAAAACUUGUUAAGCCAUGCUACACUCGCAAUUAUUUUUUAUUGUGCUUGAUUUCUGAGUGCUUUUAUAAAGGUGGCCUCUUUCAGUCCUUGUUAAGGCUAACCGAUGCUGUAGGUGUGAGCAGCCACCAGCACUGUCCCCUUAACACCAUGUGAAGAGCUUCAUUAACUACGGACCCUGAAAUUUGGGGUCCCCUCCAAACUCCUGCUUUCAGUAUAAACUACAGUGGUGCCUCGCAAGACGAAAUUAAUUCGUUCCGCGAGUUUUUUCGUCUAGCGAAUUUUUCGUCUUGCGAAUCACGAAUUCCCAUAGGAAUGCAUUGAAAAUCAAUUAAUGCGUUCCUAUGGCCAAAAAAAGUCCAAACAAAGCCAAAUUUGGUACAACAACCUCCCCAACUGUUGCAAACCCCUCCCCAACUGUUGCAAACCCCUCCCCAACUGUUCCCCCCAGUCACCCAGCACACAGAAAUUCAAAUCCAGAAUUUUUUUAAAAAAACAGCAGAGUGGCCCAGUGGCCACAGAAAAUCACAAAAAUGCAGAAAAAAACACACAAGCUUCCAGAUUCCUGCAAACCCCUCCCCAACUGUUCCCCCAGCCACCCAGCACACAGAAAUUCAAAUCCAGAAUUUUUUUAUAAAAAUAGCAGAGUGGCCCAAUGGUCACAGAAAAUCAUAAAAAUGCAGAAAAAAAACCACACAAGCUUCCAGAUUCUUGCAAACCCCUCCCCAACUGUUCCCCCAGCCACCCAGCACACAGAAAUUCAAAUCCAGAAUUUUUUUAAAAAAACAGCAGAGUGGCCCAAUGGUCACAGAAAAUCAUUAAAAAUGCAGAAAAAAAACACACAAGCUUCCAGGUUCUUGCAAACCCCUCCCCAACACCAAGUCCUUGAAUUCCAAACACCCCAACCCAAAAUCCAAAACCCCCGCAAAACGUUUUAAAAGCUUAACUUGUCUGCAAAUGAAGUUUUGGAAAAGCUUAAACAAUCACCAAAGUCUUUAAAAACCUCAAAAAGGCUACUAUGUACACUGCGUUCUAUGAGUUGCUCCUCGAAGUCAAGUCGCAACUGUAUUAACGGUGUUAAGAAAAGGAAACAAACUUGCAAGACGUUUCGUCUUGCAAAGCAAGCCCAUAGGGAAAUUCGUCUUGCGAAGCAGCUCAAAAACGGAAAACCCUUUCGUCUAGCGAGUUUUCCGUCUUGCGAGGCAUUCGUCUUGCGGGGCACCACUGUACAGACAUACUUCGGAAGCCAAACAGAAUCCGUUCGACUUCUGAAAAGUUUGUAAACCAAGGUGCGGCUUCCGAAUGCACAGGGGCGCCUUAAACAAUAGCGGAAUAUUCAAGAGUAAAUUGUGAUACUCCUUGUUGGUAAAAUAUUUAUUUAUAAGGCUCUGAGAGGCCCCAGCUGCUCUAGUAAUUUCUUCAUCUGACAUAAUUUGACAAACUAUGUACACUGAUCAUGGCGUUCACACCAUGGACUCAUCCACAUAUUUACAUAAAGACCAUGCAUGGAAACCAACACACCAAAUAAACUAAUACAAUAGAACUGUAAUAUGCCAAGAGAGUAUCAAAUGAACUUUUAUUGAAUCAUUACAAUUUGUACUUUCCCUAGGUCCAGAGAGAGAAGUAAGCAAAUAAAUAUGAGAGCAGUUGAGGCAAUUUCUAUUACAAUAUAGGCACGGUUGAGUUAAUUGGAGAUGUCCCAGAUUGGUGGCUUUGUUUUUUGGUCAUUGAAAACGGGGGACUCAUUGUUUGAAGAGUACUCUGUUAAUACACCAUGGUCUCUUGAGGGCCUUUCUUUUCUUUUGCCCAAUGUUGUCACUUUGUUUCUUCCUUCCUUAAUCUCCCUCCCAGCCAUAAUUUUGAAUUUCAGUCUCUUUCCUAUUGAAUGUGCAUUGUGCUCAAGUGUGAAGAUUUUGAGCUCCUGUUAGUAGGAAAUUGGCAUUUUCCCCUGGACAUUGUGCUUAUCUGCAAGCUGUUAGGACAAGAUACCAGGCAGGAUUAAUGUCUCCUGCUCUGGAACUGCUGACAUAAAGAAGGGACUGUUGAAACUUGAAGUUCCUGUUGAUAGCAUCAUAAGGAUACUGCACGGUCAAGGACUCUUCUUGCGCCAUUGUGCCCAGGACCUUAGGGAAUAAAAGGCUGCAAGAAACACAUAGGUUUAGAGCUGAGAUGGGGAACCUGUGGUCCUCCAGAAGUUGCUGUAAUAAAACUCCAGCAUCCCUGCUGGGAUAACAUGCUGGCUGGGCUUGGCAGGCAUUGGAGUCCAACAAUACUUGGAGGGUCACAGAGCUUCUGGCUCACCUGUCUUUCUGAAUAUAGCCUUGUGAAGAUACCAAAGGCACACAUCUUUGUUGCUGGGAUUCAAGAAGCCUUUGCCCUUCUUUUCGGUUACUGUGCUCCACCUAGCUCAGGAUCUCAGAUUGAUAACAGUUUUCAUCACAAUCUUUUAAGUGAAGUGUGUACUCCCUCCUUAGAAUGGGCAGACAUUGUGACUUCCAUAACAUGAAAGGGUGGGAGAUCCAGUGUACAACAUUAUUAAGAAUGAGGAAUAUAGAUGCAGUUUAGACGAAAAACACAAUGCUUUAUUUAAGAGCAUAAGAGGAACCCCUGCUGGAUGAGACCAAAAGGACCACCUAGGUCAGCAUCCUAUUCUCAAAGUAGCCAGCCAGAUGCCUAUGGGAAGCUUGGAAACAGGGCAAUUGGUAUCAGAUGCUCACUGGGUCAGCAUUUUCAUAAUGAAACUGAAAAUUCAGUGCAAAGCUGGAGAAGUGGGAUUUGCUUCCCAUCUUUCCCUCUUUAUCUACUGCCUCACAGGAACUACAAUGAGAGAUAUGGUGAGAUUUGUCAUCACUGGGGUGGCAGUGUUCUGGGACCGAAGUCAGUGGCUCACAUUCCUAAACUUGAAAAAGCAAAUGUUAAGGAACUGGCCACUAAGCUUAUAUAGAUGUAUCAGAUUUGCCUCAAAUUCUUCUUUGCUUAAAAAUAAAAUACUGGAGGGAGGGGGUGGAGAAAGGCUUUUAAAAUGUUGCUGUCAGGUUCUGAACCAAUUCUCUUAAGGUAACACCUAGUCUUCAUAUUUAUUUAAAACAUUUUUAUUUUGCUCCUCAGCUGAGAAAUGCUCCCAGAGAACUGAGUCCUUCAGACAUACAAUCUAAGAAAAAAUAUGAUGCAAUAGGAGCAGACAUUAGGGAGGGAAAAGGAGAAAAAGAAACAUAGACACAAACACUUAAUCUUGUAAUGAUCACUGAAAUGAAAAGAUUUCAAGGAGAUGAGGAGGCAAAUGUUGCUGUUCUAUCAGCAGAAGGCAAGAAAAUGCUCCGCAGUCCCGUGUCUCUCCCUCUGCUAUGGCCUGAUGGGAUGGUUGUAAUGACAUAUUGCAAUAACCAACAGCAAUAUUACCAGAGCAUGAAUAAUUGCAGGAAGGUUUUUCUCUCUGGUGGAUAUGGCCUGAUGCCUGAGGCAGAUGAUGCAAAUAGGUUCCAAACGUUGGAAAAUAUAAGAAUUAAAUGAGAACUUGCUGCUUUUCUUAAUGUGCUCUCAAAUCUGCUGCCUGAGGUGGGCUGCCUUACCUUGGCUAAUGGUGAAGAGAGCUUGAAAAUGGUUGUGCACCUGUGUUGGGAAUUUCUCCAAUAUGUUACAGAAGUUUCACUUUUUUCUGCCAGCUGCUUGUCAAAAUUCAUUUAGUUAUAUAUUUUAAAAAGUUGACAGGGUUGUUGACUACCAGAUGAAGCAAUCAGUCAUGAUGCUCAUUAAUUCUUUCAAGAACACGGGGGGAAAGAGUGUUCUACUACAGGCUAGGAAAUAUCAUUUUAAAAUUAAAGACUGAUUUGUAAUGAUUUUUUUAUAGCGUAAGUCAUGAUCAGUCAGAGGACAGGAUGCUGUGCAAGUGUUGAGCCAGUUGUCUUUCUAAAAGCCCCUUUGCUGGGCAGGGAUUGUAGUUUGGUGACAGAACAACUGCUUUGCACAGAGGAGGAGGACCCAGGGUCAGUUUCUGGCUUCUCCAGCUAAAACGGCGUCGCCCAACCUGGUGCCCUCCAUAUAUUUUGGACUGCAACUCCCCAUCAGUCAUACAUUUCCCUGUAUCAGGAAAAUUUUAACGUCUAACGUUUUGCAAUUUUUAUGUGCUGUAAGUCGCCCAGAGUGGCUGGGGAAACCCAGUCAGAUGGGUAGGGUAUAAAUAAUAAAAUUAUUAUUAUUAUUAUUUUAUUGCCAGCAAAAAAGGUCUAGGGACAUUUUCUUGGCAACUUAAAGUCAUGUGUCAUGUAUGAUUUGAGAAAACCCAGCUCCUCAGAAGCUACCUUUUACUAAGCCAAACUGUUGGUACAUAUAGCCAGGUAUUUUUUUGAGGGGGAGAAUCAAUAGCUUCUCUGAUGCCUUCUGAAAGGGUAGCUUUCUCUGACUUGUGAAUAUUGAGUUUGAAGUAUUAUUAUUUAUUUAUUACAUUUGUAUACUGUACUUUAUUCAAAGAUUCCAGAGUGGUUCACAACAGAAAAAUACAAAAUAAAGCAUACCAAAUGCAUAGUAAAACAAAAAAUCCAUAAAAACCCUUCCACAAACACAAGCCUGCAUGGAGGCUAGGAAAGGAUGUGUAGAAAAUAGCCUACUGAGAAAAGAUAAGAUUUACAUUUCUUGCUCCAAUAAAUUUACAUUUCUUUUUUACUGCAGAUUUAUUAAAGAAAGCAAAAGUGCAAUUGUCAUCUCACAUUCACAAUAAAAUAAACAUCAAUAUGUCCAUCUUAAGAUACACAUAAAGAUUCAUAAAUGCCCUCCAAAUGUCAAAACAGAUAUCCAAAGGAAGUUGGUGUUUCAAGAAAGUGCUUUCAACUGCAGCAAGGGCAUUAAGGACUUCAAACCGUUGCAUAAUAGAUGGUGAAUAUUUAUCCUUCCAUGCUCAAGGUAUAUGUCUCUUAGCAACUGCAAGGGCUCCUAAAUUCCAUUUUUGUUGUCCAGUUGUUAGUCCUUAUUUUGCAGGAAUAUAACUUAAAGUACACAAACAUCUGCAGAUAUUUUACCAGUACAAAACUGAUACAGACAGCAACUUCAUACCAAACAGGGCAUUUCAUGGGGAAGCCCACAUCAUAUGCCUCAAUGAGACAUUUCUAGCAUUACACCUCCAAAAUGCAUCUGGCUUAGACAACCCAUUCAUACAGAGCUGCUGUGGAGUCCAGUAUACCCAAAAUAGGUUUUUUUUGCUGAAUCAGUCAAAAGAAACACGUCAUAUAGAUUCUACAGCAGUUUUUACAUCCAAGGAUAGAGAAGACGCAGGGAAGGAUAGAAAACUGGCAUCCAAAGUCCUGCCGACAAGAUAGAAUUUGGAAUAAAGGCAGUAAAUGGUUUACAUUCUAAUUGUAUUUUAAUUCUGCCUAUAGAAGUCAGAUUGUGUUGUGGUAAGCAGAAUGUUUUCAAUGUGGACCUGAGCAGGUUGUGGAUGUCCAAGGCAGCAGAGGCUUCACUGGGAAUAUCAUUGGUUAAACAAUGCUGUGCCUUGCAGAGCUUGUUUAGCAAUAGAUCAUCAGCCUCCUGCUAACUGAUGGCAUGUUUUUCACAGUACCCUUCCGUAGCAGCUGCUAUUAGACUCUUUGGAAAUAGCGUUGCAGACGCUCAGUUCCGUUCUGCUUCUAAGAUCAAUACCCCCCUUUUAUAGCUUUUUGCAAAAUGAUUAAUUGCCUCUGGGUCCUGUACUCUCCCCACUCUGCCCCCAGGGGUGACAUUUGGAAAACUAUUAAUUAGUAUCUGUGACAUGGGAAAUAAAUGGAUGCAUUUACCAUUGUGGUAGACAGGGCUCCCAAAUGCUAUGUCUAACACUUUCUCGCUGGAGACUCUGUCUGUCAUGAUAUUGGGCAAUCUGUUGUGCCUAUUGGAGCAGGAGUGAGAUACAAGGAAAUCAUCUUAAGAUUUGCAAUCAGUUCAGUUCGGUGCAGAGCAACUGUAGCUAGUGGGCUAGUGUAACUAGAUGGAUUUCUUUUGGUGGCUUUAAAAGAGGAUUAGACAAAUUCGUAGAGGCUGCCAACCAUGAUAGCUAUGCUCUACCUCCACUGUUAGAGGCAUUACGCAUCUGGAAACCAGUUGCUGGGACUCACAAGUGGGGAGAGUGUUGUUGAACUCGGGUCCUGUUUGUGGGCUUCCUAUAGGAGGGGGGCAUCUGGUUGGCUACUGUGAGAACAGGAGACUGGAAUCGAUGUGCUGCUGGCUUAAUCCAGCAAGCCCUUCUUAUGUUGUCAUUCCAGGAUUGCUUGCAGAGGCAAUACCCAUGGAUUCAGAUUAUAGAAUUAUGGAAUUGCAGAGUUGGAAUGGACUUCAAGGGUCAUCUAGUCUCACCCCCUGAACAUUCCUCUUCCCUUUCCUCUCUCCCUCUGUGGCAGGGGUCAGCCAUUGGUAGCUGCCCAAGUUGAGACGAGCCAAGGGAUGCCAAGAAAUGUCCCAAAGCCAAGGUCCUGUGGCUUAGGCAAGGUCCUGGCCCCAAAGGGUACCUUUUGAUAGCCCUUUCUGCCCAAGCUGGCCCAGUGGACAGGAAGGGUAGGCAUAUGAAGAGGCCUGCAGGAUCAGGACAAAGACCCCUUUGGCAUAUAGCAUUCUGUUCCCACAGUGGCCAAUUAGAUGCCCAUAGGAAGCCUUUCUGCCCUCCUUUCCUAUGUUGACUUUCCUUUUUAUUUUUCGUUUGUUGCUUUAAUUGUAUUAUACAAUUCUAAAAGAAAUUUUCUUUAAAAAAAACUAUUUACGAAAACAAAUACAAUAAAUUAUGAAAUCCAUCCAAUCUGUUUUGAUGAGUGGUGGUUUAUAAAUCAUCUAACAAGUAAAUUGAGCCCUGGUGGGAUCCUACACAAGCUGGCAGGAGAAGGGUCUCGUCCUGUUGGGUCCCAGCCUCCUUCCUGUUUGUCACCCAGUGAGAGAGAAGAGGUGGCGGGCACAGAGGAAGCAGGAGGGUGGCAGAUCUUGCACUCCUGUUCUCAUUCGUUAAUUGUACAUCUCCCCCACCACCACACUCCCUCUGUAUGUCAGUGAACUACCCGCAAGGUCCUGAACAGUAUUUGUGGGCUAGAGCACACAUAAGUUUGCUUCUCUCGACCAUAGUUGGAAUCAAGGAGUAAGCAAUGUAAGAAAAUGUGUUAUGGUAAGAAACAUGAGCCGAUGUGCAUCACUCUGGAGCAUGUAUUCUACCCUAGGCAGAGAAAGCAGCGAAGUUCAUAGAACUGGCUGCUUUGCCAUAUUGUUGUCGGCAUAAUAGUGAUGAAAUUGCUUUAAGUUUUUGACCUUUGAAGGAUAUUUCCCUUCCUAGAUUAAUUGCAUAAACCCAUGUGCAGGUGCUUUGAGUGUACAAGUAGUCACAGAAGCACUUGGAAUACAUUUCCAAGUAUUGUACAUGGCUUUAGGGUAUAGCUCUUUGUUUCGUUCUGCCACAGCAACUAUACAAAGAAGUGUAAAACCAACACAACUGGCAGUGCAUAUCUGAAUUUUUACUUGCUGGCUUAAAAAAAGCAGACUAGUAAAUAAAAAUGGAGGCUAGAAGCACUUUCUCCUCUGCCCUUGUCAUUCUGCUCUUCUCCCCCACUCCCUUUAGUGGGUGACAGCACUAAAAAGGGGUACUUACCCUUCCCUUUAAGGGGGACGCGGGUGGCGCUGUGGGUAAAACCUCAGUGCCUAGGACUUGCUGAUCGUAUGGUCGGCGGUUCGAAUCCCCGCAGCGGGGUGAGCUCCCGUUGUUCGGUCCCAGCUCCUGCCCACCUAGCAGUUCAAAAGCACAUCAAAAUGCAAGUAGAUAAAUAGGUACCGCUUUAUAGCGGGAAGGUAAACGGUGUUUCCGUGUGCUGCACUGGUGCUGGCUCACCAGUGCAGCUUCGUCACGCUGGCCACGUGACCCGGAAGUGUCUUCGGACGGCGCCGGCUCACGGCCUCUAGAGCGAGAUGAGCACGCAACCCUAGAGUCGGACACGACUGGCCCAUACAAGCAGGGGUACCUUUACCUUUACCACCCUUCCGUUUAACAUUUACCAUUGUGCUUUGCUGUGCCACAAGGCAGCACCUCUGAGCUGGCUCCAACUGCAAAUGAAGUUGGCAGACAUGACUGGAACGAGCUCAGGAGGUGCUUCUUCUAAGCAGGCUAGGGAUAAGGACCAAAGUUAGCCCAGUUAGCUUUCAUACUGGUUGCAGGGAAAGUGGCUUUACUUCCCUCAUGGCUAGCACACACAGAAAUUGUAUGAAUUCUCAUAGACAGUUGAUUAACAUUUGUAGAUGUUCUUUUAUUGAACCAACAAGUUACAUAAAAAGCGUUUUAGUCUACUGAACCUCAUGGAAUAAUCUUCUGGCACAAAUCAAAGAGGAGUGUGCCCAGAUUCAAAGGUUUGCAGCACUUUUGAACAGCUAGAGUUGAUCUAAUUUAGAGAGAAACUUAUAGUCACUUUUUUUAAAGUCCCAUUCUAUGGAACUAAGCUGGCUGCAAAGCCUUUAAUAUUAACCCAAGAAACAGCUUAUGUCUUGUUACCCUCCUGAGCGGAAGCAUGGUGCAGCUGCCUUUCUGAUUUUGAUGUUUUCCCUUCCCUGCAGGAAGCAGAGAACACUUUGCGUUUGAUGCAGAACAAGCUGAAGGAGGAAGAGAAGCGCUUGCUGAAGAGUGGAAGUGAGCUCCAUUUGUUAUCUUUUCCGGGUGUCUGCAGACCCGGGGUCCCAUGCAGUUUGACCCUUUCCGUUUGCAUGUUACCAUGGUCAUUUGUUGUUGUUUUUUUUAUGAUAUUUAUUAAAGUUUCAGAUAAAAAAAAGACACAUCAAUAAAAAAGAAUUUAAAAGUAAAAAGAAAAAUACACAAUAUAAAAUAAAAAAAGAAAAAACAGUUAACAACAAUUCCAUCUUUUCAUCACUGCUUUUGAAUUAACUUAUUUUCUGGACCUCCUCAUACCUCCCUCUUUUGUAUUCCAAUUCAGUUUGUUUGUCCAGCAAUUCCUUUCCCUCUUUUUUAAUCCCAAUCCUUAAUCUUAAUAUAAUAUAACAUUAAAUUUUUAUCUAUUAAUAGCCAAUUUUCCAUUCUUUUAACCUUUUUAUUCCUAAUCCCUAAUCUUAAUCUGUCUAUAACUUUAAAGUCUGUGCAGCUAGAAACCACUUAAUUUCAAUCCAUCAUCACUCUAACAUUCUUUAAUUUUGCAAUGUUUCUGUAGGUAAUCUUUAAAUUUCUUCCAAUCUUCUUCCACCGACUCUUCUCCCUGGUCACGAAUUCUACCAGUCAUUUCCGCCAGUUCCAUAUAGUCCAUCAGUUUCAUCUGCCAUUCCUCCAGUGUUGGUAGCUCUUGUGUCUUCCAAUACUUUGCGAUGAGUAUUCUUGCUGCUGUUGUUGCGUACAUAAAGAAAGUUCUAUCCUUUUUUAACACCGAUUGGCCGACUAUGCCCAGGAGAAAGGCCUCUGGUUUCUUCAAGAAGGUAUUCUUAAAUACCUUUUUUAAUUCAUUAUAUAUCAUUUCCCAGAAAGCCUUAAUCUUUGGGCACGUCCACCAAAGGUGAAAGAAUGUACCUUCAGUUUCUUUACCAUGGUCAUUUGAGGUGGAAACUAAACACCAGGCAGGCAGAGAGGCAUAUGGAGCUACAGCAGUUUUCUCUUUCUGCUUGAUUGUUCUGUCACUCAAUUUACUAUUUUCAAGGCAGAAUGGGAAGUCAAGGCUGUAUGUUGUCUGUUGCCCCCCACCCCACCCCCUAUUUCAAUGAUGGGAGCUUUGGGUAGGUCAUGGCUGCUUACUGUCUAAAUAUCUAUCUCUGAGCCCCAAAUCAGCUGCAUUAUGGGUAGCAUGGUGGGUAAGCCCUACUAUUGUUAGGAAUAGAGGUGAGUCACUUUCACUUUAACAAUGUAGUAUCAAACCCAUUAGCUGCAGGGGGGUUGGACUAGAGGACCCUCAUGGUCCCUUCCAACUCUACAACUCUAUGAAGCAGUUUUGCCUUGCUGUGUGCUAAUAAUAGGGAUUUAUUGUAUUAUUUAUUGACCGCAUUUAUAUUCCACUCCCCCCCCCAUUUGCUCAAGACACUUUACUGUUUAAAAUCAUGGCCACCAAUCCGUUGGCUACAAAAAGGAAAGGGUGAUAAUAGAAGGGGGUAAAGAGUAAAUUCAGAUCUGUAAUAAGGUUAUAUAAUGAUUUGGGUGGAAUGUGCCUGGCACACAUCAUCUUGGAGGAACCAAACAGUAGUUGGUCCCAUAGAAGGGGGCCUUACACUCUUACAUUAUUUUCUCUGAUGUGGCCGGUGCAUUGCCUGUUAGUGGAGUGGAAGAGCCAAAUGGUGACUGGUCUGAUGGAAGGGGCCCCACCGCCUCACCUCUCCAGCUCAUGCAACUAUGGGGAAUGAAUAGACACCAAUGGAGUGAAAGAAAUUGAUGGAUGGCCUAUCCAACAAAAAACAGGUUUUGGUUUUUUUAUUAUCCACCUGACUAUUAAUUCAAAGCUGUAAAUUGCAACUCACCUGGGCACCUGUACUAGCUAAGAAAACCUGCAACCAGGCAAGGAGCAACAACAUAUUCCUCCUUUAGGGUAUAAAUGGCUAAUAUAAGUUACAGGCACGCAAGAGGCAAGCAGAAAACUUUCUAUGAGCUAGUAACUUUUGCAGAUGAAUAUGCAAAACUGGAUUAAUUCACCGAUUUGCAGAUUACAUUGAACUAAAAACAGGUGUUAUAGUAUUGGGUCCUGUUUAAGCCAUAUGAAAAUAAGUAACUCUAUUUAAUUAGCCAAAGAUGCUGCUCUUCAUCUGAUAAGCAAUUCCAGUCAAUAUUUCCUCUCUUUUUACUCUAGGUCAAAUCUCUCCAGUGGGAGGGAGUAUUUAGGCCUGCUUUUAAUACCAAUGGAACUAUAAUUAAUAAGGUUGCCCACGUGCUACCUUUUGACAGAAAAUUUGGAUCAGUGACAGAUUGGAAGGAGCAAUUUUAUCCUGAUGUUAUUUCAAUUUUGGCUUAUUCUUAACUAAGACGUCAGCAGAGACCCUUAGGUGAAUCAUCCCAGUUAUUUUAAUAUUGCUUUGUAUGUCUUGAACAUUUAUUGGGAGGCAUGUGAGGGAGAAACCCAGAAGGUUUUCUCGUGUGGAUCAGUUAAGGGAAUUUUUGCUUUUGACUGAGACUGGCUGAGGCUUUUCAAGUCGCAUUUGAUAGUUCCGGCUUGUUAAUACUUUUAUCUCAACCUUCCUUGUCUUUGUCCUUUUGUAUGUGGCAGCAGGCUUUAAGUAGCAGAGCACUGUUGGUUCUGCUGAGGACUAGUGUUCUGGCUUGCUGGGUCUUUGUUGAUCAGGCAUGAGGAAACUUUGGUGCUCCUGAAGUUGAUGAACUACAACUCCCAUAAUCCCUGCUCAUUGGCCAUGCUUGUUGGGGCUGAUGGGAGUUGUAGUUAGCAGCAUCUGGAGGCCCAAAGUUUCCCCAUGCCUGUUGUAGAUCCUGAAUUUUUUUUCAUCUUGCAGCUGUCUUCUAGAAGGAGACUUGAAAGGGCCUUUCCCCAGCUGAUUUUUACCCUGGAACUUGAUUCUGCAUUGAGCAGGAGGUUGAACCAGAUGAUCUCCAAGGCCCCUUCCAACUCUACAAUUAGAUGGUUCUCUGAAAGGUUGGCUAUGAGCAAAGCUGAGCAUAAUCAGACUUGAACAUGAAGCCCAAGGACUUUAAAAAAUGAAUUUAGAGGAGUCUGAAGGAGAAUAAAUACACUUGCUCAGAUACGUAAUUCUUAGAACGUUCAGAGCAGUUCAUGGACAUACUCUCAGUGAUCACCAUAUGCAGAUGGCGGACUGAGGCUUUGAGAUUUGCCUAAGGCCAUCUCAGUGAGUGUAUAGGUAAGAUGAGAUUUGAACCAGGAUCCUCAUCCCAGAGGCUUGUCUGCUGAAGUACACAGGACUGGACUUUCAAUGACAGAGCUUUCCUCUGGAGCAUAAUUCCUUCUCAAUCAUAAAACUGCCUCUGUUUUACAAACUCAGUUGUUUGUUGUUACAGUAUUGGCAAAAUUCUGUUUGGGGAAGCAGUGGAUGAGCUCCUGGGGCUUAGCUGCUCAAAUGGAGUAUAUCACAUAUUUGCUUUUGUUUACAAAGAUUUGAAGCAACUGGGGCAAACAAGAGCAGCUUUGAUCCGUGGGGAAAUCUGAGUUCCCAAAGUGAACAUGAAGCACAUAUUGUUCUUGGCUUGAACAAAGCUUUAUUGAGAAAGUGACACAUCUCUUGGUGGGUUCUGCCUGCAGCUAAGGUGGAAACAAAGUAUGAUCAGUGAAAGAUUUAUUAAAAACCUUUGGGGUUUGGUGUGGGUCUUUCUUUCCUUCUUCAAUUUUGGUUUACAUCUGAAAUUAGUGGCAUACAAAGACACAAUUUGUACUACCUUCCUCAUCUGAUUCCAUCUACAUGUUAGGAUCUUUUAGGGAAGUCAUUUGUAUUUUUUGUUAAUAGCUGCUUUGUGGAACUACAGCAUGGGUCUCUUUAAAGUGGUGGGGAGAGGCAAUUUCAAAUGGUACUUUGUUUUUUUUUAAAAAGUGGGUGGGUGGCAGCAGUGGCGUGAGGGAGUCCUCCAUCUCCCAGCCACCAUCCCUGCCCCCUUAUAGGAUAAGGCAGCUGGUGAGUUGAGAUUAAAUCCUGCUGCCUAGGCUGCAUGAACCUGCUCCCUGCUGGGAAUGGGGUGGUGCAGCCAAUCAUGGGCGUAGCCAGGAUUUUUGUUGGUGGGGCAGAACCUCAGUUAGCUAUGUAUUUUUAUUGAUUUUUAUUGAGGGGAGGGCAGCUGCCCCUUCCUGCCCCCCCCCAUUGGCUACGCCCAUGCAGGAUUAAGCUCUAACCUCCCAGCCAUCAGCUGACAUCACCUGUGACCUCAGCGGAUGAGAGGAUGGGUGUGGUUUGGGGGAAAAUGGCCCGGUGGCCAGUUGGAUCCCCUGGUGGGCCAGGAUUUGCCUGUGGGUUGGACGUCCCCCACUCCCUGCCUGGAGGAAAAAAGGUGGCAGUGGCAGCAGUAUAUCAGGCAGGCAACCAUCACUCCAGCGCCACUGAGAGGAAGCCUUCCCCCUUAGAACUGCACCUCUCUGUUCCCACUUUGCAUUAUUGUAGGAAGGACAGAUGAGAUGCCACGGCUGAUGGUGUGCAACACAGUUUCCUCCACCCCAUUAAUGUUCAGUUCUAAACUGAUGAAAUAGUCUGUCCUCUCUGCAGGGGACUUGGGUGAGGGUGCUGAGAAUCUUUUGUUAGAAGUUCCUGAACUACAAUCCCCAAGAUUCUCUGGGGGAAAGCCAUAACCGUUGAACCAGGACUAAUAGAAGUUUGGAAUGUAGAGAAGAACAUUUUGUAAUUAAUCCGCAGCCCAUUUUGUCCCUGUUGUUGUUGUUGCUGUUGUUGCUGUUGUUGUUACAAUAAUUAUUACUACGUCAGUUUGUUAAUUUCACUUGGGUGAGAGAUCCUUAAUUUUCUACAAAUCUUCUUGAAUUGAGAACAUAUUGAUCUUUCUUUCCCCUAAGUGAGGCACCUCCCUACUUCCUGGUGGUUUUGGAUGACGCUGAUUCUCUUUAGAAAAGAUCACAGUAAAAAGAAAAGAGAGAGAAACUUCCAAAACCUUGUUUGUGAUGAAUGUGUAGGCAACAAUCAAAUUUCAAAGUGUUCUCCACUCCUACAUUUGUAACUUCUGAAACGCUCUGACUAGCCACUAUCUUCCCCAUGCAAGCCUAUAGGUAUUUGUGUUUCUUUUUUUUUUUUUAAAUCAUAUUUAUUAAAGUUUCCAGAAAUAUAAAAAUACAAAGAAAAAAGACAAAAGAAAGAAAAUAUUUAAAAAUCUUACUUUCAUUCCCUACUUUCUGGGACUCCCCUCCCCCCAAUUGUAUUCCCUUUCCUUAAUUUGGUUCUACAAGCUCUCACUCCCAAUUUAAAGCUUAAUUUGUUUAACCCACUAUCCAGAUUGAAUUGUACAAAUCUUACCACCGUCCCACAUCAUUAACAGAAAAAGAAAAAGAUUUUCCCCAAGAUCCACCCCAGUUCCUUCCACAAAUUCCCUUUUUUUAAACACGUCCGAUCAAAGUAAAAUAACAUGCGUAAGUUAUGUAAAGAAAUAGAAAAUAAGAGAUAUAGAAAAUUCAAAAAAUGGUUACACAGCCUUUGGAUUUCAAAUCUCCCCCUUCCCCGGUUUGAAUUCCCCAUGUCCAUCAGUCUAUACAUUAUCAGCUUGGAAGUCUCAUUUCAUGACCAGAUUUCUCCCGAUUCCAUCUUGCCGGUUUUCUUUUAGUUUAUUAAUUUAAAUAAUAUUUGACUUCAAAUGUCCAAUCUAACAAAGGCCUUUAAUUUCCUUGAUCUUUACCACUCCUCCCGUUGUUCUUUCCGUGUCGUAAUCAGUCCUUUAUUCUUCUUAUUCCUCACUUUCUCAGGUUUCUUGUCCUGUUCAGCUGCUAAAACUUUCUAAUUCAGAAAUCUAGUGUCUCUGCAGAGGUUUGUUAUUCAGGAACAAAAACUUACGUCCAGUCCCUUUCUUUCUUCAAUAAAAAUUCCAUUGUCUUCCUCUGUAGACAAAAUACUCUUUCAGUUUUGCAGCUUUCCCAGAAGAUAACAAAUCCUGUGCGAAUCCCAGGGUAUUUUUCCACUUACGACCGUUCUUGUAGUAUCCCGAAACCCCUCUAGGGGGAUUGUAAUAACUUUGUAUCCUCUAAUCCAAAAGUCAAAUUGUUGCUUAUUUUCCAACAGUUUGUAUCCAUAUUAUAGCAAAUUGUAACAAAAUUAACCAGCAAGGUCCUCAUAACAAAGUCCUCUUUAUAUUCUCCAGCUUUGACAGCCACUUUGACAGCUGUCAAAGUCUCCGUCUCUCUUCACCAGGCUCCACGAAUCGCCCCGGUUCCCAGGGGGGGGGUUGCAUUUUUCUUCUCACCCUCCACUCUUCUCCUCCAGCACAUUUCUUAUAAUUUCCCAUCGUGAAAUUAAUGAUUUUUAUCAGAAACAUACUUCCCUUUGGACCUUGGUUACCCAGUCCUUGUUUUGGAAUGCUUACAAUAGGGGGAUUGACUUCCUUUUAAAUCGCCCCGCUCGUGCCAAAUCCAAAAUUUUGAACCCGGUUUCCCAAUUACUCACGGGUUGUUGUUAAUAGUCCAAAUUUUCAAUAGAAGAAGUCAGCGCUCUCCGUCGAAUGGCAUGCGGCUGCGCCCGGCAGGGAAAGCAGUGGACUCAGCACCACGCCACUCCCGGCACCCGAUCCGAAGCCUUUAAAAAGGCUCCUUCACGAGUCGGGAGGGCGCUAAUGGUGCAAGCCGAGUCACCCAUGUCCACGGACUCCGUGCCCGUGGUUUUUAAGGGUCCCCGCGUCGCCGGCGCGGUAGGACCCAGCCCCUGCCGAGCAGACUCCCUCCGGAGCUCGGAGGGAGUCCGCCAUUCGGCGAUGGCGCUAACCCGGAAGUGGUAUUUGUGUUUCUAUGUGUUCUGAUAGGUGUCUGAUUUCUCUGGACCUUUUAACUGUGUUUGAGAAGGGCAUGGAAAUCAAUUGCGUCAUUUAUCUGCAGGAGAUGAGAUGGAAGGCAGCUCGGGGAGCUGUUUCUGGCAUAUUUCAAAGUCUGGCUAGCUCCAUUGAACUGAGCUGCAGGUUCCAGUGUUAUGAACAGGGGUAAAUAGUUAUCUGUGAGCGGGCUCACCCAGCUUGACAGCAAAUGUACCCUAUAUUUAUCACCGCUCAUCUUGUGUUCUGUUGGGAAUAACUGGCCAGCAUGAUAAGAAGGAAUGAGCAAUGUUAUCAAAUUUCCAAGCUGAUUCUCUUAAGUGUGAUCAUUGCAGAGACCACAUGAAAAAUCUAAUGGCUGUGACCACGUAGCUACUCCUGACCUUCACACACUGUAGAAUUAGAUCUCUGAGAGUAAAAGAUCUGAAAUCAAUAAAUGGAGGGUCUCCUUUAGUGGACAGUCUUCUUUUGUUCCAUUCAUAUCAAUAUGUGAGUUUUCUGGACAGAAGCAGUGCCAUCUUCUUGCACUGCAAUCCUGCACAUUGUUCAGACUGCUUAAAUGGCAGUAGGAUUUAAACACCUACAGUGUGAGGGAGAUGGCAACCAAGAGCCUAUCCCCCUAUCCUCUCCACCCCUAUCAACCGAUGCUAAUAGUAGUCCCAGAAGGGAAUAAUUUUGACAGAAGCAGCAGCACUGAGGGGAAGCUUGAAGCACCUCUUCUUUGCCAUCUCAAUUAAAAAGUCAUUCCUCACCUCGACUGUGUUUUUAUUGUUAUUAUUAUUUAAAGUUGUGUACUCUUGAGUGUGGAUUCCCCUGUGCCAUGCCUGAAGCAAAGUUCUUUCCCGAGUCGUAACCGGAGAUCUCUCUUGCACACAGAGCAAUUACUCUGUUGCUGAGCUGUGGUCUGCCUGUCAGCCCACAAUCAUUCCUUCAAGCUGAAGCAAAGAACAUAAAGAGAUGGAGCUGAUGUCCUAAUAACAGUCUUUGGUGGGCAUUCUUGUUUUUAUUUAGACAAUGAUGACUCGGAUAUAGAGAUCCAUGAGGAUGAGGGAUCUGACAGUGACAUGGAAGACAGGCAGCUAAUGAAGCAGCAUACGGCCAUGGAGAUGCUGAUGCAAGGUACCUGUACCUAUACACCUGGUGGACGCUCCAUUGCAGAUGAAAGGGACCCGAGGGGCUGA